GGCUGCCUGCCUGCUCCCAUCUCUCGCGCGCUCUCUCUUGCUCCCUCUCUCUUUUGCUCUCUCCCUCCCUUUGCAAACAUUGGAUUUAAACCUGCUCAGAAUUCAGCACAGAGGAAGGCAGCAGCGGUAGCAGCAGCAGAAGCAGUAGCAAGCCCAGCAGCUGAGACACCGCAGCCUCAAGAUGUACCACCCCGCCUGCUGGAUCGUCUUCUCCGCGACGACCGCCCUGCUCUUCAUCCCAGGAGUGCCCGUGCGCAGCGGAGAUGCCACCUUCCCCAAAGCUAUGGACAACGUGACGGUCCGGCAGGGGGAGAGCGCCACCCUCAGGUGUACCAUAGAUGACCGAGUCACCCGGGUGGCCUGGCUAAACCGCAGCACCAUCCUCUAUGCUGGGAAUGACAAGUGGUCCAUAGACCCUCGUGUGAUCAUCCUGGUCAACACACCAACCCAAUACAGCAUCAUGAUCCAGAACGUGGAUGUGUAUGACGAGGGCCCUUACACCUGCUCUGUGCAAACAGACAACCACCCGAAAACUUCCCGGGUCCACCUCAUAGUGCAAGUUCCUCCCCAGAUCAUGAAUAUCUCCUCAGACAUCACUGUAAAUGAGGGAAGCAGUGUGACCCUGCUGUGUCUUGCUAUUGGCAGACCAGAGCCAACUGUGACAUGGAGACAUCUGUCAGUCAAGGAAGGCCAGGGCUUUGUGAGUGAGGAUGAAUACCUGGAAAUCUCUGACAUCAAACGUGACCAGUCUGGGGAGUAUGAAUGCAGCGCCUUGAAUGAUGUUGCCGCACCUGAUGUGCGGAAAGUAAAAAUCACUGUAAACUACCCUCCCUAUAUCUCAAAAGCCAAGAACACUGGUGUCUCUGUUGGUCAAAAGGGUAUCUUGAGUUGUGAAGCCUCUGCAGUGCCUAUGGCUGAAUUCCAGUGGUUCAAGGAAGAUACCAGGCUAGCCACCGGUCUGGGCGGCGUGAGGAUUGAGAACAAAGGCCACAUAUCCACUCUGACUUUCUUCAAUGUUUCAGAAAAGGAUUAUGGAAACUAUACUUGUGUGGCCACAAACAAGCUUGGGAACACCAAUGCCAGCAUCACACUGUAUGGGCCUGGAGCAGUCAUUGAUGGUGUAAACUCGGCCUCUAGAGCAUUGGCUUGUCUCUGGCUAUCAGGGACCCUCUUUGCCCACUUCCUCAUCAAGUUUUGAUAAGAAAUCAUAGGUCCUCUGAGCAACGCCUGCUUCUCCAUAUCACAGACUUUAAUCUACACUGCGGAGGGCAAACAAGUUUGGGCUUCUUUUUGUUUGUUUCUGUUCUUCUUGUU